UUGAAUUUUGGUUUUAAUCCGAAUUAUAGACACCCAUAAGAACGGCAGACAAUAAAUGCUAUUAAAAUAUUUGACGCUACCAUGGCACCAAUAGGACAGCGCCAGCCAAAAUGAAAAUAUUGCCAACUACUUUUCUUUUCUAAAUUUCUACUAUGAUGAAAACGUUAACACAUGUGGGAAACCCACAUUUAAACCAAUGCUAACUGUUAAUCCCAUUUUUGUUUUAAUUUAAAAACCACGCUCCACAUGUUCUAAAAUUUCGUGUUCAGCUCACCCCUUUAGAUUCCACCCAAUUUCCAAAAAUAUUAAAAAAAAAAACAAAGAAAUUCUUCUACUCCCCUCUGCAUCUAUCUCCAGCAUGAUUGGGUAUGAACAAUAAUUCCCACAAAAGAAAAAAGAUGUUGAGAAAUAACAAAGCAGAAAAGGAAGAAUUAGAGAAGUUAACAGCACAACAAAAUAAUGGGUACUUGAAGAAAUAUGCACCCACAAACUUAUUAAGAUUAGCAGUAUGUUUAAUGGUAUUUAUUGCUGGUGUUGCUACUGGUUUAGUUUCAAGCUCACAACGGUCAACGAUUAGCCUUGAGAAUUAUACAAAGAUCUACACCGCCGUUCGUGGCGGCGAUCCAACGAAUGAUAAUAAUUGUGCGUUUAACAAACAAAAUUCUAAUUGUGAGAAUAUUAAUUGUUUGCGUUUAGAUAAUGUAGUUCAUCCGAAGAAAUUGAGUCAUGAUCUAUCUGAUCAGGAGUUGGUAUGGAGAGCUUCAUUGGUCCCUAAAGUUGUAGGUUACCCUUUUAAAAGGGUACCUAAAGUUGCCUUUAUGUUCUUGACAAGGGGUCCUUUGCCAUUGUUGCCUUUGUGGGAGAAGUAUUUUGCAGGACAUGAUGGAUUUUUUUCUAUUUACGUGCAUACUCAAGCUGGAUUUGUGUUCGAUGUGCCUCCAGAUUCUGUCUUCUUCGGCCGCCAAGUUCCUAGUAAGGAAGUUUCUUGGGGUGAUGUAUCACUAGCAGAUGCAGAGAAGAGGCUUCUAGCCAAUGCUCUCCUAGACUUCUCAAAUGAGCGUUUUGUGCUCCUCUCUGAAAGUUGUAUCCCGGUUUACGAUUUUCAAACAGUUUACAAAUAUCUCACUAAAUCUGCACACAGUUUUGUGGAGUCAUAUGAUGAUACAAGCCGUUUUGGCAGGGGCCGCUAUGAUCGACAUAUGAGACCCAACAUCACGGUAGAACAAUGGAGAAAAGGGGCUCAGUGGUUCGAGAUUAGACGAGAUUUGGGUAUUGAAAUUAUAUCAGAUUACAAGUACUAUGAUCUGUUUAGGAAAUACUGCCAUCCACCUUGCUUUCCUGAUGAGCAUUACAUUGCUACGUACCUCAACAUAUUCCAUGCUCCGCUUAAUUCUAAUCGCACCUUGACUUGGGUAGAUUGGUCUUUGGGAGGACCUCAUCCCACAACCUUUGUAAGAGAGAAUAUUACAGAAGGUUUUAUACAGAAUAUCAGAAAUUAUAAGAAAAAAUGUUUGUAUAAUUUUAAGAGUACAACUGUAUGUUACCUUUUUGCUCGCAAGUUUGCUCCAAGUACACUGGAGCCCUUGCUCAAUUUAAGUUCAAAGGUAAUGGGAUUUUGAAAACUUUUAGUUAAACUAUAAAUUAUUGCCAUAUUCAUAUAAUUUUCCUUUGGAUGAAGAGCUACUUCUAGUC